AUGUCGCUGAAUGGGUUGGAUGAUGUGAAGGUCAAAGAGGCGCAUGAUAUUGCUGCAGCGGAACCUGGAGGAUGGUUCCUCCUCAAGUAUACCGCCCGCGAUGAGAUCGAGCUGCUGGGACGGGGCAAUGGAGGGAUUGUGGAGAUCCGAAACGCCAUAGCGAGUUACGAGGAACCCUCUCCUCUGUUUGGGUUUCUACGGUAUAGACGAAGGAAUGUGAUCAUCAAAUAUGUGCCCGAGGAUUGCUCGAGACUUGUGCAGGCACGCGUUUCCGUCCACUUUACUGCCGUUACAGACCGAUUCUCCCCCCACGAUACUAUAUUCGAAAUAAACCACCCCAAAGAGCUUCGAGACACCAAGCUUUCAGCCGCGUGCUCCCUACAUACCGCAUCUGGCUCUACAUCAUCCUCAACUAGUUCUCUGCGGAGACGAAGGUUGAUGGAGAUUGCUGAGGACGAAGAGGAAGACAAUCGCAAGAGACAGUCGACAGUGAUGGAAGAGCAUCCGUCGACUACAAAGCUAGGCUCGGUUUCCGGGGCUCCAGAAUCUGCACAGAAUAGUGCCCCGCCUGAUACACUACCAUCUACAACGGCCUACCGAUCAACAAUCACAGAUGACGCGCUCCAUACAGAACCUCCUCCCCCACGCUCCCCUACGCAGACAGUUGAUGAAGCACCACCGCGAAAAUCUUCUCAAUCGACAAGACCAGAUAUAUACAGUUUUAACUCUUACGGCUCCAAUGGAAAGCCGAAGGUAAAGUUGGGACCUCGACCUUCACUGGAUGUGGGAGGGUCAAGGCCACAUACGUCGCAUACGUCUGGCGCAGGCUCUUACCGACCAGUCUCUACACUUCCAGCUGGUCUUAAGGUUGCUUCAAAAGGAUCAAAGAGAGGAGGGCGAUCACCUAGGCCUACUUCAGUCUACGGCACCGAGACUCCAAGUAUGACGAUUUCUCCUCCACCUAUUCCUGGCAUGUCCCACUCAACCCCAAUGCGGCCACACACCAGCGGUGGAAGGCCGCCAACGAGCCCUAACCCUUCGAUCAAAGCCAUAUCAUCUACUCCACUCACUCCAAGAAUUACGCCCGAAAAGGCACGAUUAAUGAAAGCUCUAGAAAUGCGGAAACGGCAAAAGAGCGCAGCCGCCCCUGUAGAGCCACUAUCGCCAACCUCACCCGAGGGUCUCACAAGUCCUGCAUUCGCGACAAACGGGGGGAACAGGGGUUCUGGUGCACCGAAAGAGGUUCAUGAUACAUUGGCCAUGCUGAAUGAUAUGGCCAAGGAAGAUGACUCUGGAAUUUCUUUUGAUGCUAGUUCAACGUUGAAAACCGACGAGUCGGAUGCUACGAGAUCGGAUUCAUACCCCGUUUCACCUGUUGGACCUUCCGAACAGACAGCUUCAACGAGAGCUUCGUCGAUUUCGGAAUCUACGGAUGAAACUGUUCAGGAAACAAGCACCGUGAAACCGGUAUCUAUAAUUGAGGAAUCGCCGUUGGAAGCGAAGCUUCCUGAGUUUGUAAAAGUUGAGGAAAAAGAGGCAGUUCCCGCCGAUGCAGAACAACUGCUGCCGAUGACAUAUCAGCCACCUUCUAGAGCUGUAGUCUCAGUGAAGCCUACAGAAGAGGCGGAAGAAUCCGAAGAGACUACCCCAGUUGCGACACUUGCAAGAUUAGAUGAUCCGAUCAUGCAAGAGAUUGCACCAGUUGAUUCGUCUGUGAUUGAAACUAUGGCGGACGAGCCAAGAACUGAAGUUCCUGAUGACAGCAUAUCGGCGCCAGAGUUUCCCACCCAGUUGGAGGUUAAGGAUGUGAACAUACCAAGAUCCAAGUUCAUUCAGCACUUUUUUGCGGACGAGACUGCCCCAGACAGUUUCACAGUCGUCGAAGCAGAGAAAGCCGGAACCGAAGCUCCCGAAAACGUACAAGAGCCAUUGCCUCCUACGAAAUCAGAUUCGAAGGCCAACAUCCCAAGAUCCAAGUUUAGUAUGGACAACCUCAAUAGCGACAACAAGGCUCCCGAGACAAAUAACAUCCCAGGACCCAAUUUUGGUAUGGGCAUGUUCAAAGGUAGCGACGAAGUUCGCGAGACGGAUAAUAUUCCAAGAUCCAAGUUCAGCAUGACCAACCUCAAGAGCGACAACAAGGCUCACGAGAUACCAACGGAACCACUCCCUCUGUCAGAUGUGUCAGAUAACUCAACUGUUAUAGCUUCUCAAAAGUCGCCUGUUGGAAGCACAUUUUCUGUUGAUACCAAAAGAUCGUUUACGGAUAAUGACCAGGAGAAUGAUGGGACGCCGUCGAAGAAACGAAAGAAGCGCAAAAGCAUUGAGCACAUUCGGACAGAUCUUGAUUUUACAGACCAAAGCGGCCACACCACCGAGGCGAACUUUUCUUCAGAUGACGACCUUAUGGAUGAGCUAGAUUCAGCAGUGGUACAGGAAGCGCAGCCAAUUUCCGUUUCAAAAUCACCUGUUAAUCCCGUAUUCCCAACGACAAGUCCCAAGAAAAGGGAAAGCUGGCGCAACAGGGUUUCUCGUGUUGUAUCGAAUCCGACGGGCAGAAAGGAGGAUUCUUCAUCAUUGGGAGUUCCUCCAAAAUUCGAGACUUCACGUGCUGUAUCUGCGUCGGCUGCGUUCUUGAACAAGAUCAACCAAGAAGCCAGCAAGCCAGUAAUCAAGAAGGUCAACCUUGGCUCAGGAAUUUCUCAAAGAAUAAAAGCCCUAGAAAAGGCUACCACAACUCCAGGAACAGCUGCGGCCCCUACAACUGGUCCUCCGCUAGGAGCAGCUCCUGCCUUCUUCUCCGUACGGAAAAGCAAUGGUCGAGGCACGUCCCCAUCCAUCGCUGAUCGAACAAACUCGUUGAACAAGAAUACACCUUCACCAGGCGAUUUUACAGAUGCGUCUCGCGAGUCUUCACCGGAAGCAUUCACACUACGAGAUAGAUCUAAGUCGAUUAAGAAUCGGGUUAAUACUUUUGAAGUCAGUCCUGUUCCCAUGAUGCCGCCGGUACGGUCACGGCCGGAGUCCAUCUCAGUCACAGCUCGAAUCAUUCGCGAUCCAGCUUCGCCUUUUCCACCAGGAAAUGGUAAACCCGCUUCGGAAUAUGCUCCUUUAGACUUGAAGCAAUCUCCUUUAGUCAUCGACCAUCAGAAAGCUAUUCCGGAACAUCCUAAAGAAAUCGAGACGAUUCAAGAGAGAAGACUUUCCAGAGAGAGAAGACUCUCCUCUUCCUCUAAUACUACCAAUACGACAGCUAAGAAUCGACGAUCAUCUAUCUCGAUCGUUAAAGAUCUGAUUAGUGAGGGCAGGCAAUCCUUCGCAGACCGACGCCGGUCAAUCGAGUUCGUAUCUUCGAUAUCGUCGCCGAGCGCCCGCUCCUCAUCUCGUCCUCCAUCGGUAAUGUCUCCUUCACGCCCACCUUCCACGCACGCCGCGUCGCCUGUUCACAAACGAUCCGAGUCCGUAAGCAGUCGUCUUUCCACAGGCAGCCGUACCCCCAAUGACUCGCUAUCACCUCCCCCAACCGCCAAUUCUUCCAGUGACGAAAAAGAAAAGAAGUCGAACAGAACAAGCCGCAUGCUGCGUCGUAUGUCUUCUUCGCUCUCUUCAGGUCGCAAAGCCAUCUCUCACGCCGUAUCUCCCACCGUACGCGAAGAAUCCGAGCCGCUUAACGGCAAUGAUUCGCGCUCUCUGAUCUCUUCAGACCCUUCCACAACACCUCCUACGCCAAGCAUCAACAUCGGUGACGUCAACGUCCAAUUCCCUGAUACUCUACUCUGGAAACGCCGGUCCACGCUCCUCGAUUCCUCAGGCUACCUCAUUCUGUCUCCCGCGCUCACAGCUAGCGGAAACGGAAAGGGAAAAGCGAGCGUUGGCGCGACCAGGAAAUUCCAUCUUAGCGAGUUUAGAAUGCCGUCUAUUCCGGAUGUGGAGAUGGAGGAGCUGCCGAAUAGUGUUGUUCUAGAUUUUGUGGAGGGUGGAGCGGGGGGGUUGCAGAUUGCGUGUGAGGAUCGAUUGGGGCAGGGGCGUAUACUUGAAGUACUCCAAGAAGCCUACCAGACUCACGCCUCUUGA